CAAUGCCCCCGGUGAGACGCGUUAUACAAGAUCCGAUCGAUAUUUUCGGAGGACAAUCCUCAUUCUCAUCCUCGCACCUCAAAAGCUCACCAUCAGCUACAAUGGCCCGUCGCUCAGCACCACCCGGCUCGGGCCCUGCCUACUACUCAGGCGUGCCCCAGCGCGGUCGACUCGCAGACCCGAACGAAUCCGCAUUUUCUGCGUUCAUGCGCGAGGAGAUCUUCGCGCCCGAGAAGCUACCGGGCAACUUGAGCAUCCUGGUCGGCCUGUCGGUAUUCCUUGGAGGGAUUGCGGCGAUACGGACGUGGGGAGAGUUGAUGAUUCCGGCGUGAACGGAGGGAAGGGGAGGUCAGAUAUGUCCGGUUGUCUUAGACACGCAGAGGUGGAGUAGAGGUGUUUUAGACGAUGCGACUGGCAGAAGGGGUUUCGUGCAAAAUGUAUAUCCACGGGAGAGAAUUCGCUUUGCUGGCUUCCACGCUAUCAACCCCACCUCAGUUGUUAUCACCUGUCACUCUAUGUAAUUCCUACUCGCCCAAGUGGCUGGUACCUGGAUUUCUCAUACAAUCGCAUCUGUUGCUGUACUGCGUAUCCACCCCGUUCUGCCUCGGAUUCGGCUUAGUCUUUGUCAAUAAUAAAGAGUACCACGGAACCCAAAAUGUGCCUCGUCUCAGCGUUCUGCCAGCCAAUGUGGAGCGUAUCCAAGCAAGUCAUGUGCAGGUUGGACAAGAUGGAUUUUGUUGCCAGACAGCUGCAGCUUGGCUGUGCUGGGCUAGGAGUUGGUCACUUAUCAGCAUUUGGCCUAUCCUUGCAAGCGAAAUGAUGUAGCCAACUGUUCGCUUGCGAUCACCUUCGCGGUGGUAAAUAUUUCCCAAUCCGUAACAAAGCGGACAACUUCGAAAUCAAUGGGAAAGAUUUAAAGUGGGCUUGAUCAUCACCAGCACUCUUCCGCUGGUCUGCUAGUUGCCUGC